UGGAUGUGUAGUAAAUUGAGUUGGUGUUCUAGAAUGUAUCUGGGUUUUAUUUAUUUGAAUUCCUGGCAGAAUGUGUAGUAAAAUGAGUUGCCACUAGGAAAAUGAAUAAUUAAAUUGUAAUUAAAUUGGACAUGGCUGUAAUGCCCCUUCGGGGCUAAAUGACUUGUGUGUUUUCACAACACUCUCAUGUUUCACAGGGUCCUCUAAGAAGUAUACAUUCAUCUGUAGGAGGGGAAAAGAAGGUGAGACGUGGUUUCAGUCUUCACAUAAAAAGUGAUGAGAUUAUUCUGUGAGAUACUGCUCACCUAACUCUGUUGACUUGCGAGGAAGCACCACAGAGUCAAUCAUGUUUCUUGUUUCAUCUCUUUCCUAGUUAUCCGUCACCAUGAGUACGGACGCUGAGAUGCAAAUCUACGGCAAGGCUGCCAUAUACCUUCGUAAGCCUGAGAGGGAAAGGAUUGAGGCACAAGCCGCACCCUUUGAUUCAAAGAACUCCUGCUAUGUGACAGACAAGGUGGAGCUGUACCUUAAGGGUCUGAUCACUGCCAGGGCCGACGGGAAGUGCACUGUAACAGUCACGAAACCUGACGGUAGUAAGGAGGAAGGAAAAGAGUUCAAAGAUGCAGACAUCUAUGAGAUGAACCCCCCUAAGUACGACAAGAUUGAGGACAUGGCCAUGAUGACCUACCUGAAUGAAGCCUCCGUGUUGUAUAACCUCAAAGAGCGUUAUGCAGCAUGGAUGAUCUAUACCUACUCUGGGCUCUUCUGUGCCACGGUGAACCCCUACAAGUGGCUCCCUGUGUACGAUGAAGAGGUUGUCAACGCCUACAGAGGGAAGAAGAGGGUGGAGGCUCCACCCCAUAUCUUCUCCGUCUCUGAUAACGCCUUUCAGUUCAUGAUGAUUGAUAAGGAGAACCAGUCCAUCCUGAUUACCGGAGAAUCCGGUGCAGGAAAGACUGUCAACACCAAGCGUGUCAUCCAGUACUUUGCCACCAUUGCAGUGUCUGGUGGCAAGAAGGAAGCAGACCCCAACAAAAUGCAGGGGUCUCUUGAGGAUCAGAUCAUUGCAGCUAACCCUCUGCUGGAGUCUUACGGUAAUGCCAAGACAGUGAGGAACGACAACUCGUCUCGCUUUGGUAAAUUCAUCAGGAUUCACUUCCAAGCUGGUAAACUGGCUAAAGCUGACAUUGAGACCUAUCUGCUGGAGAAGUCCAGAGUGUCCUUCCAGCUGCCCGAUGAGAGAGGCUACCACAUCUUCUUCCAGAUGAUGACAGGCCACAAACCUGAGAUAGUUGAAAUGACGCUCAUCACCACCAACCCCUACGACUUCCCCAUGUGCAGCCAGGGACAGAUCACUGUGGCCAGCAUCAAUGACAAUGAAGAGCUGGAUGCCACAGAUGAUGCCAUUACAAUCCUGGGCUUCACUAAUGAAGAGAAGAUUGGCAUCUACAAGCUGACAGGAGCUGUAGUGCAUCAUGGAAACUUGAAAUUCAAGCAGAAGCAACGUGAGGAGCAGGCCGAGCCAGACGGCACAGAGGUGGCUGAUAAAAUUGCCUACCUGCUGGGCCUGAACUCAGCUGAGAUGUUGAAGGCUCUGUGCUACCCCAGAGUGAAGGUCGGCAACGAGUAUGUGACCAAGGGACAGACUGUGGCUCAGGUUAAUAACUCAGUCAGUGCUCUGGCCAAGUCCAUCUAUGAGAGGAUGUUCUUGUGGAUGGUCAUCCGUAUCAAUGAGAUGUUGGACACCAAGAAUCCAAGACAGUUCUAUAUUGGUGUGCUUGACAUUGCCGGGUUUGAGAUCUUUGAUUACAACAGCAUGGAGCAGCUGUGCAUCAACUUCACCAAUGAGAAACUGCAACAGUUUUUCAACCACACCAUGUUCGUCCUGGAACAAGAGGAGUACAAGAAGGAGGGAAUCGUCUGGGCCUUCAUUGACUUCGGCAUGGACUUGGCUGCCUGCAUUGAGCUUAUUGAGAAGCCAUUGGGCAUCUUCUCCAUCCUUGAAGAGGAGUGCAUGUUCCCCAAGUCUUCAGACACUACCUUCAAGGACAAGCUGUACUCCCAGCAUCUUGGCAAAACAAAGUCGUUUGAGAAGCCCAAGCCUGCCAAAGGCAAGCAAGAGGCCCACUUCUCCCUGGUGCACUACGCCGGUACUGUGGACUACAACAUCACUGGAUGGCUGGAGAAGAACAAGGACCCCCUGAACGACUCAGUUUGUCAGCUGUACGGGAAGUCAGGAGUCAAAAUUCUGGCUGCCCUGUAUCCCCCUCCCCCUCCUGAGGAUAAAGCCAAGAAAGGAGGCAAGAAGAAGGGUGGUUCCAUGCAGACUGUGUCCUCCCAGUUCAGGGAGAACUUACAUAAGCUGAUGACCAACUUGAGGAGCACUCAUCCUCACUUUGUGCGCUGCCUGAUCCCCAAUGAGUCAAAGACUCCAGGUCUGAUGGAGAACUUCCUGGUUAUCCACCAGCUCAGGUGUAAUGGUGUACUGGAGGGUAUCAGGAUCUGCAGAAAGGGAUUCCCCAGCAGAAUCCUCUAUGCUGACUUCAAACAGAGGUACAAAGUACUGAAUGCCAGUGUCAUCCCUGAGGGCCAGUUCAUGGACAACAAGAAGGCUUCUGAGAAGCUGCUUGGGUCCAUUGAUGUGAAUCACGAGGAUUACAAGUUUGGACACACCAAGGUGUUCUUCAAAGCCGGUCUGCUGGGUGUCCUGGAGGAGAUGAGAGAUGAUGAGAAGCUGGCCGCUCUGGUCGGCAUGGUCCAGGCUCUCAGCCGUGGAUUCCUCAUGAGGAGAGAGUUUAGCAAGAUGAUGGAGAGGAGAGAGUCUGUCUUCGCCAUCCAGUACAACAUCCGCUCAUUCAUGAAUGUCAAAACCUGGCCAUGGAUGAAGUUGUACUUCAAGAUCAAGCCCCUGCUGCAGAGCGCUGAGACUGAGAAGGAGCUGGCCAACAUGAAGGAGAACUAUGAGAAGAUGAAGACAGAUCUAGCCAAGGCUCUGGCUACAAAGAAGCAAAUGGAGGAGAAGUUGGUGGCCCUGACACAGGAGAAGAAUGACCUGGCGCUCCAAGUAGCAUCUGAAGGAGAGAGUCUGAACGAUGCUGAGGAAAGGUGUGAGGGGCUCAUCAAGAGCAAGAUCCAGCUGGAGGCCAAGCUCAAAGAGACGACCGAGAGGCUGGAGGAUGAGGAGGAGAUCAAUGCUGAGUUGACUGCCAAGAAGAGGAAGCUGGAGGAUGAGUGUUCUGAGCUGAAGAAGGACAUUGAUGACCUGGAGCUCACCCUGGCCAAAGUGGAGAAGGAGAAGCACGCCACUGAAAACAAGGUUAAAAACCUGACAGAGGAGAUGGCGUCUAUGGAUGAGAGUGUUGCCAAGCUGACCAAGGAGAAGAAAGCCCUCCAAGAGGCACACCAGCAGACACUGGAUGACCUGCAGGCAGAGGAGGACAAAGUCAACACUCUGACCAAGGCCAAGACCAAGCUGGAACAGCAAGUGGAUGACCUUGAGGGUUCUCUGGAGCAAGAGAAGAAGCUCCGUAUGGACCUUGAGAGAUCCAAGAGAAAGCUGGAGGGAGAUCUGAAACUGGCCCAGGAGUCCAUAAUGGACCUGGAGAAUGACAAGCAGCAAGCUGAUGAGAAAAUCAAGAAGAAGGAGUUUGAGACCACCCAGCUCCUCAGCAAGGUUGAGGAUGAGCAGUCUCUGGGGGCUCAGCUGCAGAAGAAGAUCAAGGAACUCCAGGCCCGUAUUGAGGAGCUGGAGGAGGAAAUUGAGGCUGAGCGUGCUGCCAGGGCUAAGGUUGAGAAGCAGAGGGCCGAUCUCUCCAGGGAACUUGAGGAGAUCAGCGAGAGGCUGGAGGAGGCUGGAGGCGCCACUGCUGCUCAGAUUGAGAUGAACAAGAAGCGUGAGGCUGAGUUCCAGAAGCUGCGUCGUGAUCUUGAAGAGUCCACCCUGCAGCAUGAGGCCACAGCCGCCGCUCUGCGCAAGAAGCAGGCCGACAGUGUGGCUGAGCUCGGGGAGCAGAUCGACAACCUGCAGCGCGUCAAGCAGAAGCUGGAGAAGGAGAAGAGCGAGUACAAGAUGGAGAUUGAUGACCUCUCCAGCAACAUGGAGGCCGUCGCCAAGGCUAAGGGCAAUCUGGAGAAGAUGUGCCGUACUCUUGAGGACCAGCUGAGCGAGCUCAAGACUAAGAAUGAUGAGAAUGUUCGCCAGGUCAACGACAUCAGCGGACAGAGGGCCAGACUCCUGACAGAAAAUGGUGAGUUUGGCCGCCAGCUGGAGGAGAAGGAAGCCCUGGUGUCUCAGCUGACCAGAGGAAAACAGGCCUUCACCCAGCAGGUGGAGGAGCUGAAGAGGGCGAUUGAGGAGGAGGUUAAGGCUAAAAACGCAUUGGCCCACGGUGUUCAGUCUGCCCGCCAUGACUGUGACCUCCUGAGGGAGCAGUUUGAGGAGGAGCAGGAGGCCAAGGCAGAGCUGCAACGCGGCAUGUCCAAGGCCAACAGUGAGGUGGCUCAGUGGAGGACUAAGUAUGAAACUGAUGCUAUCCAGCGCACAGAGGAGCUGGAGGAGGCCAAGAAGAAGCUGGCCCAGCGUCUUCAGGAUGCUGAGGAGACCAUUGAGGCGACCAACUCCAAGUGCGCCUCCCUGGAGAAGACCAAGCAGAGGCUGCAGGGAGAGGUGGAGGACCUCAUGAUUGAUGUUGAGAGAGCCAACGCAUUGGCCGCCAACCUCGACAAGAAGCAAAGGAACUUUGACAAGGUUCUGGCAGAGUGGAAGCAGAAGUAUGAGGAGGGCCAGGCUGAGCUGGAAGGAGCUCAGAAGGAGGCUCGCUCUAUGAGCACUGAACUCUUCAAGAUGAAGAACUCCUACGAGGAGGCUCUGGAUCAUCUGGAGACUCUGAAGAGAGAGAACAAGAACCUGCAACAGGAGAUCUCUGACCUGACUGAGCAGAUUGGAGAGACUGGCAAGAGCAUCCAUGAGCUGGAGAAGGCCAAGAAGACCGUGGAGACAGAGAAGUCUGAGAUCCAGACCGCUCUGGAGGAGGCUGAGGGCACACUGGAGCACGAGGAAUCCAAGAUUCUGCGUGUGCAGCUGGAGCUGAACCAGAUCAAGGGUGAGGUGGACAGGAAGAUCGCAGAGAAGGAUGAGGAGAUGGAGCAGAUCAAGAGGAAUAGCCAGAGAGUGGUUGACUCCAUGCAGAGCACCCUGGACUCUGAGGUCAGGAGCAGGAAUGAUGCCCUGAGGGUGAAGAAGAAGAUGGAGGGAGACCUGAACGAGAUGGAGAUCCAGCUGAGCCACUCCAACAGGCAGGCCUCUGAGGCCCAGGCCAAAGGUAGGGAUAUCCAGGGACAGCUCAAGGAUGCCCAAUUGCACCUUGAUGACGCCGUCCGCGCUGCAGAGGACAUGAAGGAGCAGGCAGCCAUGGUGGAGCGCAGAAACGGUCUGAUGGUGGCUGAAAUCGAGGAGCUGAGAGUUGCUCUGGAGCAGACAGAGAGAGGCCGCAAAGUGGCUGAGACUGAGCUGGUAGACGCCAGCGAGCGUGUUGGACUGCUGCACUCCCAGAACACCAGCCUUCUGAACACCAAGAAGAAGCUGGAGACUGACCUGGUGCAGGUGCAGGGAGAGGUGGACGACAUUGUCCAGGAGGCCAGGAAUGCAGAGGAGAAGGCCAAGAAGGCAAUUACUGAUGCGGCCAUGAUGGCUGAGGAGCUGAAGAAGGAGCAGGACACCAGUUCUCACCUGGAGAGGAUGAAGAAGAACCUGGAGAUCACAGUCAAGGACCUGCAGCACCGCCUGGAUGAGGCUGAGAAUCUGGCCAUGAAGGGAGGCAAGAAGCAGCUCCAGAAACUGGAGUCCAGGGUGCGUGAGCUCGAGACUGAGGUGGAGGCAGAGCAGAGAAGAGGUGCAGACGCAGUCAAGGGAGUCCGCAAGUAUGAGCGCAGAGUCAAGGAGCUCACUUACCAGACUGAGGAGGAUAAGAAGAACGUUAGCAGACUUCAGGACCUGGUAGAUAAGCUGCAGAUGAAAGUGAAGGCCUACAAGAGGCAUUCUGAGGAAGCGGAGGAAGCGGCAAACCAGCACAUGUCUAAGUUCAGGAAGGUUCAGCAUGAGCUGGAGGAGGCUGAGGAGCGUGCUGACAUCGCUGAGACUCAGGUCAACAAGCUCAGAGCCAAGACCCGUGACUCUGGAAAGGGAAAAGAAGUUGCUGAAUAAACAAGACCAAAGUAUUGAAGAUCAAAGUCUUACCAUUUUCCUGUGUUGCAUAAAAUAUGAUUUUCAUGGUGAAAUGUUGAGCAUUGAUUAAAAACAUGU